AUGUUGCGGAUGGCACUAAGUCAACUGAAUGAUAUGGUAUACUAUAUAGAGGAGGAACUAGACAUUGCUGAGAUGCAAAUCCUACUAGUACAAGAUCAAUUACAGGAAGCUCGUGAUGAGGAGAUCAGGUGCAACACUUUGGUUCAGAGAGCGGACAUCUCGAAAUCUGGAGACAAGAAGCGAAAGUCUGGAAACGAAUUCAAGGGAAACUCCAAGAAAACCCCGAGCAAGACACAUGAGACUGUCAAGGUCUAUGCCAUCACUGCAGUUCCAACCCUAGUAGCAACCCCCAAAUCUUAA